UGCUUCGAUUUAGUGUUUGGAUAUGUUGAAAAGCUGACAAAAAUGGGGGAUGCUGUAUUCGAGAUUCAUCCGUACGCAAAAGCUGCUUGGAGUAUUCUAAGCCUCAUUCCGAAGUCUUUAGUAGCUCAGCUCAAUCGCGAUCAAAAGAUCCAAGACCUGUGGUCAACUGCGUCGGAUAUGUUCGACUUCUUGGACGCUGCAGAACCUGUCAUUGACGAGAUACAACGUCCCACCGUUUCGAACAUGUUAAAACAGAUCCAUGAUUGUGCUUUGUUUGUUCAAGAGUAUGCUGGGAAUGGAUUCUGCAGUCAGUGAU